ACGAUCUGCAGUCAGUCGCGCUGGGAAGAUCGAGUGUAACAGUCCACAGUUUGGAGGAACAGCACUUAAGUAUAUAAAAACUUCAAAAUAAACCGAAAAGGAUACAGUGCAGUGUUAAAGAGUUGCAGUCAUGGAUCACGACGAGCCAUCGAUCACAUCAAGCGACGAGAAGUUAGUGGAAGAAAUACCAGUGGCAGCGGGCCUGGAGUCCACACCACCGAUUAGCUUCUGGCAACUGUUUAGAUUCUCCACGUAUUGGGAACUAUUUUGGCUCUUCAUUGGAUUUGUGAUGUGCUGCAUCAAAGCGCUCACAUUGCCCGCUGUGGUGAUUGUAUACAGUGAAUUCACCGCCAUGCUGGUGGACAGGGCCAUACAAGUGGGCACCAGCUCAACGGUGCACGCCCUGCCCAUCUUUGGGGGCGGCAAGAAACUAACGAAUGCGACACGCGAGGUGAACAAUGAGGCACUCUAUGACGACUCCAUAUCGUAUGGCAUAUUACUAACCAUUGCUUCGUUCAUAAUGUUCAUAUCGGGCAUAUUUUCGGUGGAUAUAUUCAAUUUGGUUGCCUUGCGACAGGUGACACGCAUGAGGAUCAAACUCUUUGAAUCGGUAAUGCGACAGGAUAUUGGCUGGCAUGAUCUGGCCAGCAAGCAGAACUUUGCCCAGAGCAUGACCGACGACAUUGAAAAGAUACGCGAUGGUAUCUCUGAGAAAGUGGGUCACUUUCUCUAUCUAGUCGUAGGCUUUAUUAUAACGGUUGGCAUAUCCUUUGGCUAUGGCUGGAAACUGACACUAGCUGUGAGCUGUUAUAUACCGCUCGUCAUCGCCGUCAAUUACUAUGUGGGCAAGACACAAGGCACUUUGACGGCACGCGAACAGGAAUCGUAUGCAGAAGCCGGCAAUCUGGUGGAGGAGAUUCUAAGUGCCAUACGCACUGUGGUCUCCUUUGGCGGAGAGAAGCAGGAGGUUGAAAGGUUUGAGAACUUCCUGGUGCCCGCCCGCAAGGCUAGCCAGUGGAAGGGCGCCUUCUCGGGAUUGAGCGAUGCACUCUUGAAAUCCAUGCUGUUUCUUUCCUGUGCGGGUGCUUUCUGGUAUGGUGUUAAUCUAAUUUUAGAUGAUCGCAAUGUGGAGGAUAAGGAAUACACGCCAGCUAUUUUAAUGAUUGCGUUCUUUGGCAUCAUUGUGGGUGCGGAUAAUAUUGCUCGCACUGCUCCAUUCCUCGAGUCCUUUGCCACGGCACGUGGCUGUGCGACCAACCUGUUUAAGGUCAUCGAUCUGACCUCGAAAAUCGAUCCGCUGUCCACAGAUGGAAAACUCUUAAACUAUGGCUUGCGUGGCGAUGUCGAAUUUCAGGAUGUCUUCUUUCGUUAUCCCUCACGUCCGGAAGUUAUUGUACUCCGCGGCCUGAAUAUCAAAAUUCGGGCAGGUCAAACUGUGGCUCUUGUUGGAUCUUCGGGCUGUGGCAAGUCGACGUGUAUACAGUUAUUACAGCGCUUCUAUGAUCCCGUUUUUGGUUCUGUGCUUUUGGAUGACUUAGACAUACGUAAAUAUAAUAUACAAUGGCUGCGCUCCAAUAUUGCUGUGGUGGGUCAGGAACCAGUGCUCUUCUUGGGCACCAUAGGACAAAAUAUUAGCUAUGGUAAGCCGAAUGCCACGCAGAAGGAGAUCGAAGCAGCUGCCACACAAGCGGGCGCUCAUGAUUUUAUUAGCCAUCUACCCGAGAGCUAUCGCACACUGAUCGGUGAACGUGGUUCGCAGCUCUCUGGUGGUCAAAAGCAGCGUAUUGCCAUCGCUCGAGCUCUCAUACAGAAUCCCAAGAUACUACUUCUAGAUGAGGCAACCUCUGCAUUGGACUACAACUCGGAGAAACUAGUGCAGCAGGCUUUGGAUUUGGCUAGCAAAGGACGCACCACAAUUGUGGUUUCACAUCGUCUCUCUGCUAUACGUGGUGCCGAUAAGAUUGUGUUUAUACACGAUGGUAAAGUAUUUGAGGAAGGAUCACAUGAUGAUCUGAUGGCACUGGAGGGUGCUUAUUAUAAUAUGGUAAAAGCUGGCGAUAUUCAAAUGCCGGAAGAACUCGAUAAGGAGGAGAAUAUAGACGAGACCAAGCGCAAAAGUCUAGCGCUCUAUGAAAAAUCCUUUGAAACAAGUCCACUCAAUUUCGAGAAGAACCAGAAGAACAGCGUGCAGUUCGAUGAGCCCAUUGUCAAGUCCCUUAAGGAGAGCAACAAGGAAAGGGAAAAUGAAUCCAUAGAGAAACCAAACUUCUUCCGUACCUUUGCGAGAAUUGUGCGCAUCUCACGGCCUGAGUGGUGUUAUCUAAUCUUUGGAGGCAUUGCAGCGAUUUGCGUUGGCUGCCUUUAUCCCGCAUUCUCGAUUAUUUUUGGUGAAUUCUAUGCGGCCCUCGCCGAGCAGGACGAGAAAGAGGCGCUCAGUCGAACUGCGGUGCUGUCGUGGGCCUGUUUGGGCAUUGCGGCAGUCACUGGCCUGAUCUGCUUCCUGCAAACCUAUCUCUUUAAUUAUGCCGGUGUUUGGCUAACACAUCGCAUGCGAGCGAUGACUUUCAAGGCAAUGGUCAGCCAGGAAAUUGGCUGGUUCGAUCAGGAGCAGAACUCGGUGGGUGCACUAUCAGCACGUUUGUCCGGUGAAGCGGCUGGUGUACAGGGUGCCAUUGGCUACCCGCUGAGUGGCAUGAUUCAGGCAUUAUCAAAUUUCAUAACGGGCAUUACGGUAUCCAUGUACUAUAAUUGGAAACUGGCGCUGCUGUGUCUGGCCAAUUGUCCGAUCAUUGUUGGAUCCGUCAUACUCGAAGCAAAACUGAUGUCCAACGCACUGAUUCGCGAGAAACAGGUCUUGGAGGAGGCCUGUCGCAUUGCAACCGAAUCUGUGACCAAUGUGCGGACAAUCGCCGGUUUACGACGCGAAGCUGAUGUCAUUAAGCAAUACACAAAGGAGAUUCAAAAUGUGGAAAUACUCAUACGACAGAAGCUACGCUGGCGCGGUAUUUUGAACUCGACAAUGCAGGCAUCGGCAUUCUUUGCCUAUGCCGUUGCACUUUGCUAUGGCGGCGUCCUCGUCUCGGAGGGUCAAGUCCCCUUCCAGGACAUCAUCAAGGUAUCCGAAACGCUGCUUUAUGGCUCGAUGAUGUUGGCCCAAUCACUGGCCUUUACGCCAGCCUUUACAGCCGCCUUGGUGGCCGGUUAUCGGUUGUUCCAGAUCCUUGAUCGCAAGCCCCGCAUUAUUUCGCCCAUGGGCACGAUAAAGAAUACAUUGGCUAAGCAGCUAAAUCUCUUUGAGGGUGUGCGCUAUCGCGACAUCGAAUUCCGUUAUCCCACUCGGCCAGAUGCCAAAGUUCUAAAUGGUCUUGACUUGGAGGUGCUGCAGGGUAAAACUGUUGCCUUAGUUGGUCAUUCCGGUUGCGGCAAGUCCACCUGCGUGCAGCUACUGCAGCGCUACUACGAUCCCGAUGAGGGUAGCAUUCACAUUGAUCAGGAUGACAUUCAGCAUGAUUUGACGCUGGAGGGUGUACGUCGAAAGUUGGGCAUUGUGUCGCAGGAACCCUCGCUUUUUGAGCGCACCAUUGCUGAGAAUAUUGCCUAUGGUGACAAUCGUCGAUCUGUGCCCAUGGCCGAGGUGAUUGCUGCUGCCAAGAGUGCAAAUGCGCACAGCUUCAUAAUUUCAUUGCCGAAUGGCUACGAUACUCGGAUGGGCUCCAGGGGCACUCAGCUAUCUGGUGGUCAGAAGCAGCGGCUUGCCAUCGCACGUGCCCUGGUUAGGAACCCCAAGAUCCUAUUGCUAGAUGAGGCCACCUCAGCGCUGGACUUGCAAAGUGAACGGUUGGUUCAGCAAGCUUUGGACGCCGCCUGCUCUGGACGCACCUGUAUUGUGAUUGCCCAUCGUUUGUCAACGAUUCAGAAUGCAGAUAUCAUUUGUGUGGUGCAAGGUGGCCGAAUUGUGGAGCGUGGCACGCAUUCGCAGCUAAUUGGUCUGGGCGGCAUCUAUGCCAAGUUGCACAAGACCCAAAAGAGUCACUGAGCUUCUCCUUAAUGGAAUUACAAUUUUGUUUAAUGAUUUUACCAAAGUUAAGAUUUAUUUACUGUCAUAUUUUAUAUAUCAUUAUUUUUUCAAUAAACCAUCUAA